AAGCCCUGACUCCCCAGGGUGCAGGGACAGGCCGCGAUGAACGCGAGCGCCUCCUCGCUCAACGAGUCCCAGGUGGUGGCAGUGACCGCCGAGGGAGCGGCGGCGGCCACAGCGGCAGGGGCGCGGGAAACCGGUGAAUGGGGGCCCCCUGCAGCGGCUGCGCUGGGGGGCGGCGGGGCGGUUAACACGUCCCUGGAGCUGUCUUCUCAGCUGCCAGCCGGGCCGCCGGGGCUGCUGCUGUCGGCGGUGAAUCCUUGGGACGUGCUCCUGUGCGUGUCGGGGACGGUAAUCGCAGGCGAAAAUGCGCUGGUAGUGGCGCUAAUCGCGUCCACCCCGGCGCUGCGCACACCCAUGUUCGUGCUGGUGGGCAGCCUGGCCACCGCCGACCUGCUGGCGGGCUGCGGCCUCAUCCUUCACUUCGUGUUCCAGUACGUGGUGCCCUCAGAGACGGUGAGCCUGCUCACGGUGGGCUUCCUUGUAGCCUCCUUCGCCGCCUCGGUCAGCAGCCUGCUGGCGAUCACGGUGGACCGCUACCUAUCUCUCUACAACGCGCUCACCUACUACUCGCGCCGGACCCUGUUGGGCGUGCACCUCCUGCUCGCCGCCACCUGGACGGUGUCCCUAGGCCUCGGGUUGCUGCCAGUGCUCGGCUGGAACUGCCUAGCAGAGCGCGCCACCUGCAGCGUGGUGCGCCCGUUGACACGCAGCCACGUGGCGCUGCUCUCCGCCGCAUUCUUUGCGGUCUUUGGUAUCAUGCUGCACCUGUACGUGCGCAUCUGCCAGGUGGUCUGGCGCCACGCACACCAGAUCGCGCUGCAGCAGCACUGCCUGGCGCCGCCCCACCUCGCGGCCACCAGAAAGGGUGUGGGCACGCUGGCUGUGGUGCUGGGCACUUUUGGCGCCAGUUGGCUGCCCUUCGCCAUCUACUGCGUGGUAGGCAGCCGCGAGGACCCAGCAGUCUAUACCUACGCCACCCUGCUGCCGGCCACCUACAACUCCAUGAUCAAUCCUAUCAUCUAUGCCUUCCGCAACCAGGAGAUUCAGCGCGCCCUGUGGCUCCUGUUCUGUGGCUGUUUCCAGUCCAAAGUGCCCUUCCGUUCUAGGUCCCCCAGCGAGGUCUGAAGGCUCCCUCCGUCCUCUCAGUACCACCACACCCACAAAAGCCAGCCUUUAGUGAGCUUCUCGGUGCCUGCGGAUGAACUCUGAGAUCCCAGUAGUGUGAUUCUGACUUUGGAAGGAAAGAAAGAGUAAACAUAAGUACAUCAAUCUCACAAAGAGGCUCUUUGGCACUUUACAUAUACAGUGUAUACAUGUGUACAUAUAUAUACAAAUAUUUGUAUCUUCUGGAGGUGUUCAGGAUGUGGGAUUUCCUGUUCUGUGAAAAAACUAACAAAGAUGUGGUUGUAUACUCAAAUUGUACAUCACAUUUGUCAAGUGAAGACAUUCCAGUACUGCUUAAUUAUAGCACUUUAUUUUUAGCUGCUGAACUGCCAAAACAGUGUUGCCAUUUUCAGGGACAGGGGAAG